AUGUUACUCUCUUCUCUUUUUGCUGCAAUUGUUGGUGCUCCACUUGUCCUUGGGCAAGGUGCUUUUGACAAGAGUCAUAAGAUGACCUACCUUAAAGGCACCUGGAGCAUCAGCGACAAAAAUGUCCCCGUUGGACCAACCUUUGUAAACCCGGCUGAGAACAAAUUCUUUUUCCCCACGGAAUACAAGAACACCACCAGCAGGACUUAUUCUUUCACUGAUGAUGGAUUCUGGGAAUACUGCGCAUAUGUAGCGCCACACGUCAGCUCAGAUAAUUGCACCAGUGCUCUAUUCAUCUACCAGCACGGAACCUACGAGUUUCUCUCGAACGGUUCGAUGGCGCUCACUCCUUUUGCGAAGGAUGGUCGCUUCCAAAUGGCAGACUCCUGCAAGGAAUCCAACGGAGCUACUCCAUACAACUACACGGAGCUCAUGGUGACCUGGAGUAUCGAUAUAGACUAUGGCACCGCACCUGUAUUGAACCUUCAUGAGGCGAACUGGGAGCAACCUCAGAACCUCACUCUGGCGUAUAACCCUCCACAGAUGCUUCCUACUCGGCCAUUGACCAACUGA